UAUAUCGGGAAAAUUUCUCCCGAAUGGUCCGGACCAUUCGUAAGCCAUCUAACGAUACCUUACCGAUACCUCAGCAGGGGUUCCCGACAUGUUCGGCGGGCGUGUAGAUGCUCCGCGAAUUCGCGAAGCUCAUUAGCAUAUAACUACAGGUUAACGCGGGCUCAUUAGCAUAUAACGCGGGAACAGCGACAGAUUAGCGCGGGAGAGCAAGAUGGCGGAGGGGAAUGCUGGGCGCUCCCGCGGAUCCCGUUGCACAUGGAACUAUGAAGAAACUGCCUUUCUCAUAAGCGUAUGGUCUGAGGAGGAGAUGCUCCGGCAGUUGGAAACUCCUCGGAACAAAUUUGCGUACGUAAAGAUCGUGGAUAGGCUGGCGGAGGAGGGAAUCAUCCGCACCUUCGACCAGGUGAAGACCAAAAUUCGUGACCUGAAGCACGACUUCAAAAAAACGUGGCAACACAACCACAAAAGCGGGAACGGCCGGCUCGACCCUCCCCAUUACCAGGCCCUGAAAGAGUUCCUCGGCUGUAGGGAGGCCCUGGAGCCCAGCUCUCUGUUUGAGUCGACCGAAAUCACAGAGUCACAUGAGGAUGAUGGGAAUGGAGACUUGUCACCUGGACCAAGCCAAACAGAAUCCCCACAGCCAGAUGUAUCCUUGAAUUCUUCCACAGAUCUGGACACGUCCACAGUGAAUGCUAGCAACGAAUCCAGCAACUCCAAUCAGCUGGACAUGUCGACAACGAAUGCUAGCAACGAAUCCAGCAACUCCGAUCAGCUGGACACGUCCACAACGAGUGCCAGCAGCUCUGGUCAGCUGGACACGUCCACGAGUGCCAGCAGCUCUGGUCAGCUGGACACGUCCACGAGUGCCAGCAGCUCUGGUCAGACAGGUGGAAAGAGGAAAGCACAAGAAGAUGGAGACAACAACCCAAAGUCAGCAAGACAAGAGGACAAGAAUGGGAAGAAAGGUUUUUCAAAGAAGGAGAGGAAGAGGAAGACCAGGCUGGAGACGUCCUUCUCUGAACUAGAGAAAACAAUCCACAACGUGCAUAAAGACCAGGACACAAAACUCAUGGAGGCAGAAAACAAGAGGGCAGAGGACUGGAAGGCGCAUGACCUGAGGGUCAUGAAGAUGCAGCAAGACCAUGAGAAGGAGACCAUGAGCAACAUGAUGGGGCAGUUUGUAGCUAUGAUGGGCCAGUUCAUGACCGCAUUUGCACCGGGCCAACAGGGUAACUCUUCAGCUUCAAACCAGAACCCCCCCACUGCUGCCUUCCAGGGUCCCCCUACAUCCGACUUUCAGCGCCCCUCUGCUGCUAACUUUCAGCACCCCCAGAGUUCGGCUUCUGGCUUCCAGCGCUCCCAUAGUCCUGCCCCAGGUUUUCAGCACCCCCAGAGUUCGGCUUCUGGCUUCCAGCGCCCCCAUAGUCCUGCCCCAGGUUUUCAGCACCCCCAGAGUUCGGCUUCUGGCUUCCAGCGCCCCCAUAGUCCUGCCCCAGGUUUUCAGCACCCCCAGAGUUCGGCUUCUGGCUUCCAGCGCCCCCAUAGUCCUGCCCCAGGUUUUCAGCACCCCCAGAGUUCGGCUUCUGGCUUCCAGCGCCCCCAUAGUCCUGCCCCAGGUUUUCAGCACCCCCAGAGUUCGGCUUCUGGCUUCCAGCGCCCCCCCAGUCCUGCCCCAGGUUUUCAGCCCCCCCGCGUUUCUAACUUAGAGCGCACAGCAUCUCCCAGUGAGGAGAAUGCUUCUGAGUUGAUCUACUUUCAUCUGUAGAUCCUCAUAUGUUUACCCGAAGGUGUAAACCAGAGUUUUAUCUUCUUUGA